GCCACGGCAACAGACCAGGUGGUUGGAUUCGGUUUGGUCGCCUUCAGCCUCCUGCUCUUUGUGUACUACACGCUCUGGAUCAUCGUCCUGCCCUUCAUCGACAGUGACCAUGGGAUCCACCAGUACUUCUUGCCUAGGGAGUAUGCAGUUAUCAUCCCCGUGGUGGCCGGGCUGCUGCUGCUGCUAUUUAUAGGGCAUUUUAUAAUGGUCGUGAUGUGGAAGAGAAAGAAACCUGCCAAGAAAUCGGAGUGA